UCAACCAUACAGCUUCAUUACAUUACACUUGCACCCUUUUCUCUCUCUUAUUUAUCUCUUUCUGUCUAUGGCAAGACCAAUGUGAACUAGCUUCUUCUAGUUUCAGUUCUAUUUGCACUUUUUUACUUUGUAUGUUCAACUUCAGUAGCAUUUCAAUGCAAUAUUUCUCACACAAUUUUAAUUUUUCUUUUUGUUUCUGGUGAGCCUUUUUCCCUUCAACAAGGUCGGCUCUUGCAUUUAAAAACAAAAUAUUAUGGUGACUAAGGAAAUCAACCCUUUGGUUGAAUAGACACAACUUCGGAGUUCCCACACAAAAAGUUAAGGGUGUGAUGUAUUUAUUUUGUUUUUUUACUGGUUCUUGCUGGGUAGAUGAGCAACCAUAGACGGAGAAAACAAAGCUACAUUUGUUUUUGAAUUUUAUAUUUUGUUUCUUUACUUCUGGUCUUUAGGCAUAGGCAUGUGCACUGCUUAGAAUGCCAAAAAAAGGACAAUUAUUGUUAGUAAUGGUAUGACAUAUUUCAUGCAUUCCUCUAUUUCAACUAGAGUUUGGAGUUGGAGAAGCUUUAGGUCAGAAAAUCUGGAAAGGAAACCCCAAAUAUUAGUUAGUUCAGUUUUUGGUCCAGCAAGAUCCACCAAAAAGAUUUGAUUCUCCAGUUCAUUUUACAUCUUAUUGGUAACACAAGCCUCUGAUCAAAAGGGUCAAGUUCAGUAGUUGAGUUAGAGGAAUGUGAAAGGCCUAAGAUUUAGGGGGGGUCAUAUAGGAGUGUGUGUGAUGUGUCAUAAAAGAACUCACCCAUUGAAAAGUUCAUAGAACCAGAGAAGCCAAUAAAGCAUUGGAGAUUUCAUUUCAAGGCUUGUGUUUAUGCAUGGUGGGAAGCAUCAUGGGAGGGGUUAGUAAUGAAUACUCAAAUGGAUCUGUUCAGGGCUGCAUUGGCUUAGAGGAGAAGCUUGAUGAUCUUCGUGGCCUUGUUGGAAAAGCUGAUGGUGACCCUUUGAGAAUUGUGAGUGUUGGAGCUGGUGCAUGGGGCAGUGUUUUUGCUGCGUUGCUGCAAGAUACUUAUGGCCAAUUUCGUGACAAGGUGCAGAUCAGGAUAUGGAGGAGGCCAGGGAAGACAGUUGAUAGAGCUACUGCAGAGCACCUCUUUGAAGUUAUCAACUCAAGGGAGGAUGUGUUGAGGAGACUGAUAAGGCGUUGCGCUUAUCUGAAAUAUGUUGAGGCUAGGCUUGGUGAUAGGGCCCUUCUUGCUGAUGAGAUUCUGAAAGAUGGAUUUUGCUUGAACAUGAUUGAUACACCACUUUGUCCUUUGAAGGUGGUCACAAACUUGCAGGAAGCUGUUUGGGAUGCUGAUAUUGUGGUUAAUGGUUUGCCUUCAACCGAAACAAGGGAGAUUUUUGAAGAGAUUAGUAAAUAUUGGAAGGAGAGGAUCACUGUGCCUGUGAUAAUCUCUUUGGCAAAGGGUAUAGAGGCUGCAUUGGAGCCUGUUCCCCAUAUUAUAACCCCUACAAAAAUGAUUAACCAAGCAACUGGAGUGUGUAUGGAGAACAUACUUUAUCUUGGUGGUCCAAAUAUUGCCUCGGAAAUCUACAACAAGGAGUAUGCCAAUGCUCGAAUUUGCGGAGCCGAGAAAUGGAGGAAACCUCUGGCAAAGUUUCUACGGCAACCACAUUUUAUUGUCUGGGAUAACAGUGACCUUGUCACCCAUGAGGUCAUGGGUGGCUUGAAAAAUGUCUAUGCAAUUGGCGCAGGAAUGGUAGCAGCCCUUACCAAUGAGAGUGCAACCAGCAAAUCUGUAUACUUUGCACACUGCACAUCAGAGAUGAUAUUUAUCACUCAUUUGUUGGCUGAAGAACCCGAGAAACUUGCAGGGCCAUUAUUGGCUGACACUUAUGUGACUUUAUUAAAAGGUCGUAAUGCAUGGUAUGGCCAGAUGUUAGCUAAGGGUGAAUUAAGCCCAGACAUGGGUGACAGCAUCAGUGGCAAAGGAAUGAUUCAGGGAGUCUCUGCAGUGGGGGCAUUCUUUGAACUUUUGAGCCAUUCAAGCUUGAAUGUGUUGCACCCUGGAGAAAACAAGCCGGUUGCUCCUGUUGAACUCUGCCCCAUUCUGAAGACACUGUAUAAAAUAUUGAUAUCCAGGGAACAGUCAUCACAAGCUAUUCUCCAAGCUCUUAGGGAUGAAAAUCUGAAUGAUCCACGUGAACGCAUCGAGAUUGCACAAAGCCAUGCUUUCUACAUGCCUUCACUUCUUGGACAACCGUGAUUAUUUUAUCUUGGCAACAUAUAUAUGGACACCAUUAUAUUUCAUGAAUUUUUUAUGGCUUAGAACAUAUGAUAUUAUGAUGCAUUUUGCAAUUCAAACAGUGUUUAAUCCAGGACCAUUUCGAGGGUGGAAAAACACACACCCUCAUUUUGGAAAAAUCAAAAGCAUAGUAAAUUUUGA